CGAUGUAUCAUCGCAGUUUACGUUAACUGUCACGCAAUUUACGACAAUUUUCGUCGUCGGUCAGAAGUACAAUCAGCGCAAUCAUAAAGGUGGGUGGAUCCAGCAUUCAUUGAUUUGAUAGGACAUAACAUAAUUGAUUCUAAAAAGAUAAGGAGUCAGGUUUUGGGCCCCCAAAUUGAACUAAUGAGGCCUCGCACAAGGAAAGGAGAGACCAGCAGAUCAGACCCUUGUACCAUGUACCGACAGGUACACUCUGGCCACAAGGAUAAGGAUGAACCCUGGGUAGACAGAUACAUGCCAUAUUAUAAAGUUGAUUUAGCGGUUCACAAGAAGAAGGUAGAAGAAGUGGAGAAUUGGCUGAAACUCCACACAGAACCAUCACAGGGUGGACUACUGCUUCUAAGAGGACCAUCGGGGUGUGGAAAGACUGCUACAAUGCACGUUUUGUCUCGCGAGCUGGGCUUCAGAAUUCAGGAGUGGAUCAACCCACCUAACCUGGUCUGGUGUAGUCAGCAAGUGUUAGACAGGACAACAGUCCUAUCCGGUACUUCCCAGUCUGCCCAAUUCCAAGAGUUUCUCCUGAGGGCCAACAAGUACAACUGCCUAAAGAUGGUGGGUGAUACAAGUUCUACAGGCAGGCCCCUGAUCUUGGUUGAGGAAUUCCCAAACCAGUUUUACCGCAAUCCUAGUGGGCUGCAUGAUAUUCUGAGGUACUUUGUGAAGACCAGGCGAUGUCUCCUUGUGUUCAUUGUGUCCAAUAGCGCAAGUGGAGACAGUAGCUCAAGAGUCCUUUUUCCCAGAGAACUCAUGGAGGAGCUCGACAUCAGUAACAUCAGUUUUAAUCCAGUGGCUCCAACUACCAUGAUGAAGGUUCUGACUCGUAUAUUAUCCAAUGAGGAUAGAAAGAGCAUUGGAAGGGUCAUUGUUCCAGAUCAGACAGUGUUGGAGAUGAUCUGCUCAGGAAGUUCAGGAGACAUUCGCAGUGCUAUUAAUUCCCUGCAAUUUGCCUCCGUUCCAGACCAUUCACUGGAAAAGGGGCUGGUGAGGAGGAACAAUCUUUUUAUAUCACAGGGUAAGGCAGUCUCCGGUUCCAGUUUAGUAUUAAGGAAGAACACUAAGCCAACGAAGGGGCAGGAAGGCGAGCCAACUGUUGGAAUGAGGGACACUGGUUUGUUCCUAUUUAGAGCGCUGGGAAAGAUUCUGCAUUGUAAAAGGGUGGCUCCUGAGUGUGUUAAAACAUCUGAAAGUGCCUUUGGACUUGGGUUACCAUCACAUCUUUCUCUACACCAUAGAGAGUCAUUACUGGUGGAUCCUGAGAGGGUUAUAGAACGUUCGUAUGUGUCUGGGGAGUUCUUCAACCUGUACCUUCAUCAGAAUUACCUGGACUUCUUCUCUGAGAUGGAAGACGUCCACAAAGCGAGCGAGUAUAUGUCAGAUGCUGACCUCCUCACAUCAGAUUGGAUGAGUAGUAAUACUCUGGACAAAUACGCGUCUGCAGUGGCCACCAGAGGACUUCUUCACACCAACUCUCAACAAGUAGCUGUUGGCUUCAGACCACUUCACAAACCCAACUGGUUGCUCGUCAACAAGAAGCAUCGGGAAAAAUGCCUGGCUGCUCAGUGCCUGUUUCGCCACUUGUGUAUGACACCUGUCAGCCUUCAGACUGAGUUGCUACCAUUUCUGGCAAAAUUCACCAAUCGCUUGAGCAACCAAGAUGAGAUAACAUUUAUCCAAGAUGUGGGGCACAUACCAAUGAAGAGGUUCCCUGUAAGUUUAAAACUGGAGGCCUUAACAGACCAAGAAGUCCAUCUAAAAAUUGAUAGUCUGGAGGACAUUAAGGAUCUACAGAAAGGAUCGGUGGAGUGUCUAUCAGCCAAUCACCCGCAGUACCCAACAACCAGUGUCACGGAAAAUGAGAAGACUAUGAUGAUUGAAGAAUACAACAGUGAUUAACGCACAUCCACACUGACCAUAAUGUGCAUUUCUGGUAUUUGUUUUUGUUAUUAAGCUAAGAGUUUAGGCAGCUCAAGGACAAAAAUUCAUUGUGGUCUUAGCUUAAUACGAAAUAAAUAGUUUACCGGCAUUUAAAUUAAGGGCUUCAAAGAAAUAGCCCUUUAUUUUGGAAGAGGACAAUAUUUAUUUUCUAUAACAUCUAUAUUGUUAUCUUGGAACAGAGCAGCUUUAAAGAUACGUUCCUUCGUAUUUCCUGACUUAUCGUCCUUCAUGUUCCUUCAAGGUUAAAAGUCCUGCAACAUUGCAAAUCCGCAUUAUCCACUUUGUUAGCAAUAAAUUCACCUCAUUGUUGUGCAUGCAUCUACCAAUUAUGCAGUGAUUCAAGUGCUGUAGUUUAUGGAAUAGGUUUCACAGCCAACAUGCUUUCUGACACUGAAAUGACUCGCAUUAUAUUCACCCCAUAACUACUAGGAUAUCUUAAAUUAAUUUAAUCAGUUUACUGUUAAUUUUGCCCUAGACUGAGUUCAUGAUUCGAAACUGAAUCAGUUGUAGGAGUAUUGCGUUCAUGUAUGUGAUUAUUAUUUUAAGUUGGUCUGGGUAGGAAAUGUUUCACAGGUUUAUGUUACAUUAUCAGAUACACUAACCAAGUAUAAGCCAACCUUUUGUGUUUCCAGUUGAAACACAGCAUUUUCUUUAUUUGGUGUCAGUUCUAGAGAAGCGACUUUUUUUCAUGUUAUUUCUUGUUAUACCUUUCUAGCAAGAGGUUUUAUUUAGCUAGCUUCCCUCAAUUGCACUUGAAUUAAUGAUAUGAAUAAACACUUCAGAAAAAGAAAAUUUGAAACCUU